CGCGGAUCGUCUUGCGCUUCUGUCGCUGCUCCUGCCGCUUGUCCAUCUGCUCGUCGAACAGCCUGCCCAGCCCUGACGGCCACCGCUACGAUGGUUGCCGAGGUCUCGUCGAUGGCUUCUCCGUCUGCCGCUGCCAUCACCCUGCCCCAGGCCUUUUUUGCCCUCAUCUGGAUCCUCGUCGUUCUCUUUUAUGCCGCAAACACAAUCGGCUGCUGGCUGCGACCCGGCAGCGAACACACCCAAUACAGACAAGUCCCGCCUGCCGGCGAUGCGGACAAGGACGAUGCCCUCGAGGCCCAGGACAACUCCGAGGAAAACCCUGCCAACGUCGCCGACUCGCCUCGUUCCGCCAGUCCGGUCUCUUUCCACUUCACCAAGACCGCCUCGGUCUGCCGCUCGGUCAUCCUUCUGGGACUCCUUCUGUUUUUCUUUUACGCUGGCGACGUUGCCCACUGGUUCCCCCGGGGCCUGCGGGUCUAUUCGCGGGACAUCUUCCUCUUUGUGUAUGUCCUGAUCUUCCUGGCCGCCAUUCUGUCGCUGGAGCUGACACCAGAAACCCAGAAGAACGCUGAUCAGAUCCUGAAUCGUCAUCAAACCGAGGAAUGGAAGGGCUGGAUGCAGGUCGGAUUCCUGCUCUACCACUACUUCCGCGCUUCGGAGACGUACAACACCAUCCGAAUCUUCAUUGCCUGCUACGUCUGGAUGACGGGCUUUGGAAACUUUUCGUACUUUUAUAUCCGUAAGGAUUACAGUCUCAAGCGUCUCUUCAAGAUGCUCUUCCGUCUGAACUUCCUGGUCGCUGUGAUCUGCGUCGUGACCUCGAACGAGUACAUGCUGUACUACAUCUGUCCCAUGCAUACCUUCUGGUUCCUGUCGGUAUACGUCUUUAUGGCCAUCAAGAGCGAGUGGAACUACGAUCGCCGCAUCUACAUCAAGUUCAUCGUCUAUUUCCUGACUGUGGUUCUGCUCUGGGAGAUUCCCGCUGUCGGCGAGUUUGUCUUCUCGAUCUUUGGACCGUACUCUCCCCUCCCGAUUCUCGCAUACAAGAACAGCCUGAAGGAGUGGAUGUUCCGCUCUGGUCUCGACCGGUACAUGACGCUGCUCGGAAUGCUCUGUGCUUUCUUCUAUCCCAUGUUCGACUCGUUCAUCCGACACCUUGAAAUGAAGACUGGCUCGUUUCAGGAUAUCAUCAAGGGGCACAUGAUCAAGAUCACUAUUUUGGUUGCGGCUCUCAUCCCGACUGUUACAUGGGCGUCGCAUAUUCUGCUAGCCAUGAACAAGAUCGACUACAACAAGCUCCAUCCUUACUUGGCCUUUAUCCCGAUUCUGUUCUUCAUAUACGUGCGAAACAUCACCCCGCUUCUCCGCCGCGUCAAUCUGCACAUGUUUGCCUGGUGUGGCCGCAUCACCCUGGAGACAUACAUUGCUCAGCAUCACAUCUGGCUCCAAGACAAUGCCAAGUCGCUUCUUGUGUACCCUCCGCUUGCCAACUAUCCAAUGCUGAACUUUAUGUUCGCAACAGCCGUCUAUUUGCUGGUCUCGGAGCUGCUGUUCCAGAUCACCAAUGUUCUCAGCGACGAGCUGUUUGGCACGCGCGAUCCCAAGGGCACCAAGGGCCUCUGGGGCUGGAUUCACGACACACCCAUGAGUCAGGCAAAGUGGAUCACGAUCGGCAUCUGGACGAUUGCCACUCUGGUGACUUUGAUUCUCUCCAAUAUUCUCAGACUCUGAAGGGGUUCCUUCCCCCUCCCCUCCGCAGAACGGCAUUUGGGGGCCGUUAUUUUGAAUAGAUUCAUUCACCCCCCCAA